AUGGCGGGGCGGCUGCGGCGGCUCGGCGGCGUCGCCUUUAGGCAGCAGAAAUGGAAACGUUCCCUCUCCACACAAGCAAAAAUGCCUCCUUGUGAUUUUGUGCCUGAAAAAUAUGAAUCCUAUCCCUAUGAACGCAUGCAGAAGAUCCGUGAACAAAAUAUUGCACCUUCACUGAGAACGUAUUACAAGAGGCCAUUGCUGCUGCACCAGGGGCAUAUGCAGUGGUUGUUUGAUCAUGAGGGACGAAGAUACCUUGAUCUCUUUGCUGGAAUUGUCACUGUCAGUGUUGGACACUGUCACCCGAAGGUAACUAUGGCUACCCAGAAGCAGCUGGCUCGCCUGUGGCAUACCACCAACAUCUACAUGUACCCAGCAAUCCAUGAGUAUGUGGAGAAGCUAACUUCUCUUUUUCCAGAUCCACUGAAGGUGGUUUAUCUCACCAACAGUGGGUCAGAAGCCAAUGAUUUAGCUAUGUUCAUGGCAAGGCUACACACUCAUAACUUUGACAUCAUCUCUCUCAGAGGAGGAUACCACGGAGGCAGCCCUUACACGCUGGGCUUGACAUCUUUGACUUCUUAUAAGCAUGGUGUUGCCAAUGGCUUUGGCUGUACAACUGUGAGAAUUUUUUUUUUCAUAAUCUGGACAAUGUUACCAGAUGUUUUUCGUGGUCCAUGGGGAGGAAGCCAUUGUAGAGAUUCUCCAGUGCAAACUGUUCGAAAAUGCAGCUGUACUGAAGGUGCAUGUCUCGCAAAAGACCAGUACAUCGAACAGUUCAAAGAUACUUUGAAUACCUCAGUGCCCAAGAUAGUAGCUGGAUUUAUUGCUGAACCAAUCCAAGGUGUUAAUGGAGCUGUUCAGUACCCAAGAAAUUUCUUAAAGGAAGCUUUUCAGCUUAUACGGGAAAGAGGGGGCCUUUGCAUUUCAGAUGAAGUACAGACGGGAUUUGGACGCACAGGCAGCCAUUUCUGGGGGUUUCAAACACAUGGUGUGGUCCCUGACAUCGUCACUUUGGCAAAAGGAAUUGGCAAUGGCUUCCCAAUGGCAGCUGUUGUUACAACAAAAGAAAUUGCAAGUUCCUUGGCUCAAAACCUUCACUUUAAUACGUUUGGAGGAAACCCUUUGGCCUGUGUAGUUGGAGCUGCAGUUCUUGACGCUAUUGAAGAAGACGGUCUACAAAAAAAUAGUGAGGAUGUGGGAACAUACAUGCUGCUGGAGUUGGCUAAACUACGGGAUAAAUUUGAGAUUGUUGGAGAUGUCCGUGGCAAGGGACUUAUGAUUGGAGUAGAAAUGGUGACAGAUAAGGACAGCCGACACCCUCUUCCAGCUGAAGAAAUCAAUCAGAUCUGGGAGGACUGUAAAGACAUGGGGGUUCUGAUUGGCAGAGGAGGGCUCUACAGUCAGACAUUCAGAAUUAAGCCUCCUAUGUGCAUUACUAAGAGGGACGUUGACUUUGCUGUGGAAGUAUUUCGUACUGCUUUACAGAGACACGUGGAAAGAGCAGCUGCAAAAUAGAUUUGUUUCCUUACAUGAGAGGCACACACAAUCCCUGACACUUGGAACCCAGACUGGGCACUAAUCUACCCUGGAAAAUAAAAUCACAGUGUGACGAUUACAUGCUUAUUCAGUAUCAUAAGAGCGUUCUGACUGAUACAGUGUUCAACAAGGAUAUGGUGUAAUCUGUUUUAUA